AUGAGGGCACAGUGCCAGCUGGGAGCUGGCGAGCAUGGGAGUGGGGGGACACCAGGGGGGCUGGCACACAUCGAGGAGGACUUGGACUUGGACCCUGGACCUGUGGCUGAGAGCCGGGGUGCUCUGACAGUGGGGGGAGAUGGGGACAGCUGCAGGAGCCUUUCCUGCCUGGAGCCCAGUGCCAGCCUGGGGGGUGUGCCUCCAUCCCACCUGGUGCUCCUGCCUCCUCCCCAGGUGAUCGGGCUGCUGGACGUGUUCACUCCGGAUGAGACCCUGGAUGAUUUCACAGACUUUUACCUGGUCAUGCCGUUCAUGGGCACCGACCUGGGCAAGCUCAUGAAGCAUGAGAAGCUGAGUGAGGACCGAAUUCAGUUCCUCGUCUACCAGAUGCUGAAAGGACUGAAGUAUAUCCACGCUGCUGGCAUCAUUCACAGGGACCUGAAGCCCGGUAACCUGGCAGUGAAUGAGGACUGUGAGCUGAAGAUCCUGGACUUUGGCCUGGCCAGGCAGGCAGACAGCGAGAUGACUGGAUAUGUAGUGACUCGGUGGUACCGGGCACCUGAGGUCAUCUUGAAUUGGAUGCACUACACACAGACAGUGGACAUCUGGUCUGCGGGCUGCAUCAUGGCUGAGAUGAUCACAGGGAAGACGCUGUUCAAGGGCAACGACCACCUGGACCAGCUGAAGGAGAUCUUGAAGGUGACAGGCACACCUCCCGAUGAAUUUGUACAGAGGCUGAAGAGUGCAGAUGCUAAGGACUACAUGAAGGGCCUCCCCGAGUUGGAAAAGAAGGAUUUUGCCUCCAUCCUGACCAAUGCAAGCCCCCUGGCUGUGAACCUCCUGGAGAAAAUGCUGGUGCUGGAUGCGGAGCGGCGGGUGACAGCCGCCGAGGCUCUGACCCACCCGUACUUCGAGUCACUGCAGGACACAGAGGAUGAGCCCAAGGCCCAGAAGUAUGACGAAUCCUUUGAUGAUGUGGACCGCACAUUGGAAGAGUGGAAGCGUGACACAUAUAAAGAGGUGCUCAGCUUCAGGCCUCCCCGGCAGCUGGGGGCCAAGGCCUCCAAGGAGACAUCCCUGUGAAGACCCCUGGGCCCUGAGGGGGUGGUGGGGAGGCCUUGGGGACCCUGGCUGGCACUUCCACCUAGAAGGGGGGGAUUGUUCCUGUGACCUCAGCUGGGGCUUGCAUCCCAGGAGACUCCUCAUUCCAUGGACCCCAUCCCCCAAGCCUGUGGCCCUGCUCUCAGGCCUCCACCUCAGCCUAACCUUGGAGGAGCCUUUGGACUUUCUGGACAGGACACCCACCCGGCCUGGGGCUGGCCUCUUGAGCUGUGGUCCCCUGAGCCGGGUGCAGCGAGAAGCGUCAAGGCCUUCGGGCGGGAUGGGCUGGGGCCCGGGAUGGAGGCCUGGCUCCCGGGCCUGCCUGCUGGGACCGCGCUGAAGCCCAGCUCAUGGCUGAGAAGGAAGGACAGGAAGGGCGCAGGCGCUGACUCAGGGACGACUCCUGGCACCCCAGCCUGGAAUGCAACUUGUCCUUGUGGUGUGCCCACAGGGCUGGGAGGAAAUAAACCCUUUUGUAGAGCUCCCA